GAGCAGAGAUGCUGAAAUUCUCCAAAUUCUUUCGUUUGCCCGUCAGUGUGCGUUAUAGAUGUUUUCACUUUCACAUCAUGACACAUUAACAAGUUAACUCAGCAGCGACGUGCAGAGCAUUUGCAUUUCGCCUCGUAGACAGCGGAGGGAUUUACGACAUGGAGCUCUGAGGCUUUUGGGUUUCCUGCUCUGUGGAGCUUUGAUAUUGGGCUUAAAGCAAACACACACAGAGAUUUGGAAUCGGAAGCUGUUGCCACCAAAGAAACUGAAGCAUCUUAACAGGGAUCAAACCCAUAGAGGGAAGAACAGUGGAUGGAAGAGAGAGAGAGACGGAGAGUGUGAAGAGGAAGGAGGAUAAGAAAAUACAAGACUGGACAAAAGUGCCGGAACACACCAAGUUGAGGCAGAGACCUAAAUCCAAACCACCACCCCCCCCCCCCCCCUCCCCGCUCACACACUUACGUGCACACACAAACACACAUACAGUCUUCAGCGAUGCCAACGGGGCCUGGUCAGCCUUCUGCCCGCUCUGAUAAGCCCCGCCUUGUCACUUCAGGCCCUUGAGGCUGUGUCCUCCUGAGCUUCGACUUUUGACCUCCCCUUUGUCGACCUGGGAUCCAGAGGUCACCCGUUCUCCACUCAGCCCAGGGACGCCCUCCUGCACAGCCAGGAGCCGCAGCCACAAGCCACACUGACAGGCAUGGCUCCCAUUCGGGAUUCCGUCAGCCACUCCCCUAAUCAAACAGGUCUGGAGCAUCCUGGCUUGGACUCGCAGUAUGAGCCUUCCCCUUGGUCCUCUGGCUCUCCCUGCAGCACUGAUAGCAACAGCAACUGGGGCAAAGUCCUAGUGGACGGAAGUACCGACAAACCCAACAUCCCCUCUUCAACCAACUCCUCUGUCUGGCCUCCCUCCUCUUCCUCUUUCUCUUGCUCCUCUUCUUCCUCCUCUUCUGGUUGUGGGUCAGGAUCAGACCCUGAGCUGGCAUCAGAAUGCAUGGACGCUGACUCUAGCUCCUCAAUCGGCUCAGAGAAAAACCUCUCUGCUGUUGCUGUGACAACAGUGAUGAUGAUGUCAGCAAAUGCUUCCUCCUCUGUGUCUUCUACGGCCUCUUCCCCCUCUCCGGUGACGUCUGCAAUGAUGGUUGGCGUUUCUGUGAAUGGAGACAGCAACGGCAACAGUCGCCAGGUUACUGGUGGAGGAGCAAAUAUUGGAAAUAACAAUAUCACAGGGUCCUCCCACUACUCCGUGGCGGGGUCCAGCAGUAUUGGCAGCAAUAACAUGGGUAGCCACAACAUCAAGCUCGUCAACAGCAGUAGUGUAUGGGGCACCCAGUCAGGCAGCAACAUGAUUACCACAGGUGGAAGCACCCCCUGCAUCAACGGAGGGUUAAACCCAAACACUUUAAACCCAAAUGCCAACCACGGUGCCUGGCCCCAGAAUCCAACCCCAAGCCCAGGGUCCCAAAGGCCCCCGGGGAUAAGUUCCAAACUGGGUAUAGCCCCCCAACAGAGCCCUUUGCUGGGCUGGGGUGGCAUGGCAGCUCCAGACAACAGCAGUAUGAUGGAAGUCACUGAUAUGAGUAAUGGUACAGCAAGCAGCAACAGUGGAAAUGGUGGCCUGCAGUCUACCAACCUUAACACUGAAUCCAAUGGACCAAAUAACACUAUGAUGAAUACUACUACUACUACUACUAAUGCCACAAUGACCUCUAGUCCACCAAACUCUACCGCCUCACCCCAACUCAGUGGAGAUUGUUCCUGGGGUUCCAUUGGAGGAGGGAAUGGGGGUCCGCUGGCCAAUGGAAACCCCUCAUCAGCCCCCCAGAACCCCCAAGGAGAGCCGGGGGUUGCUGGGGCCUUCGGUACGCCUUGGGGCGCAACUACCUACCCUGGAGACAAGGGCCCCCCAAAUGCAGACACUGUGAACCCACAAAAUCCUGCCUUAUUGCAGGCUGGAAACCCCCAAAUCUCCUCUACCGCUGCUUACAAGAGUAAUAAUAACCACAUUAACACUGGGGCCCCGCGCUGGGACCAGGGGCCUGCCAAUAAUCCAAACCAGCCUCAGAGCAACUCGUCCUGGGGUGUUGGCUCCAAUCAAAUCCCAGGCUCUACAGGCCCAGGCAAUGGGAACCAAACUACGAUGGGCCCUCCAGCAGGGAUCCCUCGUCCCUGGGGGAGCAGCGCAUCAUCUACUUCCUCAACCUCAUCGUCCUCUUCCACAACAAACAACAAGAUGUCAAAUGGAGAAUGGGGAUCAGCAGCUCCUGGUAACAGCACAGAUGCUGUAGGUCAGAAAGGAAGCUCAGCCAACAAUGGCUGGAAGAGCCUAGAGGAUGACGCCAUGGGUAUGGGAGGUGGAGUAGGUGGAACCCAAGGCGUAGGGAGUGUCACUGGAGGCUGGGGUCGCUCGGGAGGAAGUGAGGGAAGUGGAGAAAGCUCUGGAGGUCAAUCUAGCUCAGACAAAGACAGCCAGUCAAAAGGACUACACCGCAGAAAAGGUACCCAUUCUCCAACAGUAGUAUCAGCCCCGCCCCGGGUCGAUGUGGACCCCCGUGUUCUGUCCAACACCGGGUGGGGUCAGACUCCCGUACGACAAAACACCACCUGGGACGUGAAUUCUCCAAUUAUCAAUCAGCCCCAGGGUCCAAGAAGAGAUGACAGAAAGCACAGCAGUGGAGGCUCCAGCUGGGGCACAGCAGGACCGGCAGCUCCCUCCCAGCCCUCUGGAGGUUGGGGUGGUCGGCCGAACAGCUCAGGACAGGAUGCAGGAGGUUCUGGCUGGGGAGACCAGAGACCAAACUCCGGUUGGGACAACAAAGUCUCAGCGAGUGGAGGUGGUGGGCAGAGUAGCUGGAAUGAUGGAUCCAGCUACAAGGGCAGCAACACCAAUAGUAACACAUGGAGCAACAACUAUAACAAAGAUGACAGAUCCAAUACCUGGACUAAUGCGCCCAAAGCGCAGCAGGGCUGGAGUUCCAACGGUGGUAAUGGAACUGAAGGGUGGGGUGGCGGUGGAGAAGGUGUCAGAGGAGGAGGCAACAAUCGCUGGGGGGAGCCCCAAAAAACUGCUGGCUCAGCGGGCUGGGAAGGCGACAGCGACCGCUCUGGCUCUGGAUGUUGGAAUGAUUCAAGCCGAGCCAACACAAACAACAGCAGCGGCAACACCUGGGUCGGGAGUGGAGGAUCAAAUACUCAAGAUCAGAGUACCUCAAACCAAGGUUCCAACUGGGGCGACUCAGCCCACAAACCCAAUUCUCAGAGUAACAGCCAGAGCUGGGGUGAGCAGCAGCAGAAGAACAGCCACCACGGGCCCCAGAACUGGGGUGAGACGACUCCCAAGCCCUCCAACGAGUGGGGAAAGGGUCCCGAACCCAACAUGUCCAGAGGCAACCAAGGCUCCAGCAGGCCCUCAGGCUGGCAGGGCGGCCCCAUACCCACAGGACCUCAGAAAGAGGAAGUGUCUUCUGGGUGGGAAGAGCCUUCUCCAGAGUCCAUACGACGCAGGAUGGAGAUCGAUGAUGGCACCGCAGCUUGGGGAGAACCUGGCAAGAAACCUGUAGGAUCUGUCAACAUGAGGAACAAGACCGGCCAAUCUGACCAGGAGAACAAGGGCCCUCCGCCUCAGCACCAGCCUCACCCUCCCCCUCAGCACCAGCCUCACCCUCACCCAAACCCCCACCCCCACCCUCACUCCCACCCUCACCCACAACACACCUCCAUGCAUCCCCCCCAGCCCAUGCAGCCGCCUGCCCAGGAGAAAAACUGCAAUCCUGGUUGGGGUGAGCAAUAUCAGCAGCAGAAAGAGUCCUCAACAUGGAGGGACCCCGCCCCUCCGCCACCCGUGUCGGUGGACAACGGGACGUCCGCCUGGGGGAAGCCCAUCGACAGCACUUGGGAAAAACCCAGCAGGGACAGCAGGGAGAGCAGAGAGCCUGGUCCUGGCUGGGGUGGCCAGCAUAAGUCUGCUCCAGGUCCCAAGCCCAUGGAGACAUGGUGUGGUGAGGAUGGGUCAGGCAAUAGCUGGGACCAGGAAGAAGAGGUGGAGAUUGGCAUGUGGAGCAACAGCCAACAGGACAACAGGUCUCAGGACCAAAACACCUGGAACUACAAGCAAAGAGGCCUAAACAAGAUGAACAAACCAGUCAACAAACAGGAUGAACCCUGGAUGAAACCUUUCAUGAACCAGUUCAGUGGCAUGAACUUUCCUAGAGACUCUCCCGACGACUCCAUGAAGACUGGAGCGGGGAUGGUGCAGGACAAGCGCAUGGACAUGAGCAAUAUGGGAGACUACAAUGGAGUUAUGGGGAAGAACCCUGGGCCUCGACACCAGCUCCACAAGGAUUCUCCCAUGGAUCGCAGCUCUUACUAUGACAAGAAUGUAAACCCUAUGUUGGGUGGCAGCAGCGUAGCACAGGGCCGAGGCCCCCAGUCCCAAGUCCCCCCCCAACCCAACCUUCGUAACCAAGUGCCUCCACCCAUCCUGCCCUCUCAGGUCCCUCCAUCCCUGUUGAAGUACCCAGGAGGUAACGGAGGCCUGAACCCUAUUUUUGGACCUCAGCAGGUAGCUGUGCUCAACCAACUCUCCCAGCUCAACCAGCUGUCGCAGCUUAACCAGAUCAACCAGUUACAGCGUCUUCUCCUCCAGCAGCAGCAGCAGCAGCAACAACAACAACAACAGCAGCAGCAACAGAAGGCCCAGAGCCAGAGAGCCAUGCCCGUGGGACGACAGCCUGAACAGACACGUCCUAUCGGUUCGUCUCCAUCGAUGAUGCAGCCCCCACGGCACCUGGAUCCCUCACGGCACCUGGACCCCUCUUUGCUCAAACAACCCCCACCUCACAAACCGUACCUGGAUAACUACUUGUCCCACAAUACACCCGAUAUGCAGAAGGAUGCUUCCUCUCUUGGAUCCUUCAGCAACUUCCCUUUAAGCUUGAACUCUAACAUGAAUGUAUCCAUGGACAUGGGUGUUGGUUGCGGUAGUAGUGUUGGCGGAUCUGUGAGCUACAAAGAGCCUCCCCAGUCCAGAAUGAAGAAACUGUGGGCUACUGAGCCUAUGGAGCAGAACAGCAAAUCUGGUGCUAUGUCGUCUGGGCUGCGUCUGGAGGACUCUCCCUUCUAUGACUUCCUGUCUCCUGGCCCAUCUGCCCUGAGUCCUCCCGGCCAAUCAAUGGGCUCGGUGGGCGAUGGCUGGCCACCCCGUGCCAACUCCCCCCCGCCCAUUGGAAACACUGUCGCCUGGCCCCCAGAGUUCCGGCCCGGCGAGCCUUGGAAAGGUUACCCUAACAUUGACCCUGAGACUGACCCCUAUGUGACCCCCGGUAGUGUCAUCAACAACCUCUCCAUCAACACCGUCCGUGACACAGACCACCUCAGGGACAGGAACAACGGGCCAUCCUCAUCACUGAACACCACGAUGCCUUCUAACAGUGCCUGGUCAUCCAUUCGUGCCUCCAGCCACAGCGGUUCCCUCACCAGUACAGCACAAAGCACUUCAGCCAGACCCAGCGAGUCAAAGUGGUCUCCCGGUGGCGGUCCUGUGUCCAACUCCUCCCUAGCCCAUGAGCUGUGGAAGGUCCCCCUGCCCCCCAAGGCGAUGUCCGUGGCAGCCCCCUCCAGACCUCCACCUGGCCUCACCAGCCAGAAGCCCAGUCCUGCUUCCUCUAACUGGGAUGCCUCUUCCCUGAGGAUGGGGGGUUGGGGCUCCACUGAGUCCAGAUACACACCUGGUUCCAGUUGGGGUGACAGCAGCAGCAGCAGCAGCAGCAGCUCAGCGAGAACCCAAUGGCUCGUUCUGAAAAAUCUCACACCUCAGAUUGACGGCUCUACCCUGAGGACCUUGUGCAUGCAGCACGGCCCUCUGAUCACAUUCCACCUCAACCUGCCACAUGGUAACGCUGUGGUAUGCUACAGCACCAAGGACGAGGCCGCCAAGGCCCAGAAGAGCCUGCACAUGUGUGUUUUGGGGAACACUACUAUUCUGGCUGAGUUUGCCAGCGAGGAGGAAAUCAACCGUUUCUUUGCACAAGGGCAGUCAUUGGCCACUCCCUCCUCCAGCUGGCAGGCCAUCGGCUCCCCUCAGACCAGAAUGGAUCAGUCUCACCCCUUUCCCAGCCGCGCUCCUGAACCGAACCAGUGGAACAGCAGCGAUCUACACAGCUCCUCCCUCUGGGGCGGGCCCAACUAUUCCAGUAGCCUGUGGGGGAACCCAAGUGGCACCGAGGCAGGGAGGAUCAGCAGCCCUUCUCCAAUCAGCUCCUUCCUCCCGGUGGAUCACCUGACAGGGGGUGGGGACUCCAUGUGAACCGCCUGCCAAUCAAACUGGCUAGGGGAAGGGUCAGUAGAGAAUUAUCAAUAAUCAGCAGUAGAAAAUGAAAAAAAAAAAGUAGUUAAAAACACAAAGGCACUAGUUGGACUCUUUCUCACUUACAAGAUAUUCAACAAAACGGGGUCUCCCUGUGGAAUACAAGUUACGUUUCUCUCUCUGCACAUAUGUCCACUUUGUUUUAGCCCAAAAACAUAUCAGUCGGAAUACUUGAAUCAUGCAGGCCAAUUCUAUAAUGUGAACAGAUGGAUAUUUGCUUCCAGGUAGUGCUCUUUCAGACCGAAAAAAGCUUCAAUCGAGCUCAUUAUUAUAUAUAUAUAUUUUUUGUUUCAUUCAUCAUGUUUAUUUGAAUUCCAAUUCUUUUUAUUUGUUUUUUUUUUCUUUUUUGCAUUUGUUUGCUGACAAUGUUGGAGUAUGAGCUUUUUUAACUUUGCACUGAAUGUGGUUUUUUCUCAGUAUAUAUAAUCUGCAAUAUAGAGGGAGCAGCCAGUUUUUCCAGUGUAGCUGUUUACUCAUUGAGGUCCUUACCGUAUGUGUGUAUACCUGUGCACACGCAUGUGUGUGGAAGUACUUUGUGUGUGUGUGUGUGUGUGAUUGCGUGUGUGAAUGAGUAUGUGUGCGCUCCUCUCUGCCUUGGCACGCCUACCUUACUGCGUUGUCGUGGAGUUCAAGAUCAACAGAUAGUAGAAGAAGAGUAAAAGCUGACUUAGGAGGAUUAUCUGGUGAUAGUAAAAGUGACAUUAAAAAAAAAGUAUUGCACCAAUUUUGUUUUAAAACUAAAGAACGUUGAGCUCUGCAGUGCAAAGGACUGUAGCCGCAGCUGGGACUAGCAAACCCCGCCCACCUUAAUAUAGGGGCGGGGUCUAUCUAGCAAGCCCUCCCGCGAGCCCCCUAGUGGGCAGGGUGGGGAACAGCACUUUCAGAAUAGGCUUUCAAUGUUUUGGAGGUGCCACACCGCAACCUCUUGUUUACAAGACUUAGGAGGCGAAACGUGUGUUCAUUCUUCAUUUUAAAGAGAAGAUGGAAUAAACAAAAAUAAAAAAAAUACACAAAAAAAAUUCAAAAAUCCUUUUUAAAAAAAACUUGAAAAAAAACCUUUAAAAAAAAAUAAGAAAAACAAGAAAAAAUUUACACUCUUACUGAGGAUGAAGAUGAUGCUUUGUAACUCUGGGAAUUCGGAUCAGUGUUUUUGGCCAUGGCGUUGGUUAUUUGAACUAUUCCUCUUUGUCUGCUAAAUAACCAGCAAUGGUUCUCAGGAAAUCAAGCCAGUUUUCCCCCCCUUGUAGUUGAAUAAAAAGAAAAACUACUACUCCUUGUAGGAAAGGAAAAUCCAACUUCUAGCACUGAAAACGAUGUAUAGGUCUGUAAAAAAAAAAAAAAUUCUCUGCCAAAUAACUGCUUUAAGCUGGAGAAGCUCAACACACUGCUUUCAAUAUGCUGUCU